AUGGCACCAUUAGAAGCACCAAUAUUGGCCAUACCUGGAGAAAAUAAUACUCAACAACAACAACAACAACAAUUUCAAUACACUGGCCAGUUACAAAAGAAGAAAGCUGCCGAAGGAUCAAUAGAAUGGUACUUUGAUAAAACGAUAAAUUAUAUGGGAGAGCAUCCUGUGAUCACCGGUAUAGGAGCAUUUGCAGUAGCUUAUUUUGCUGCUGGAUUUAUCAAAUCUAAUCAACCAGGUAUAAAUGGGAAAGCUUUUGUUAGAGGUGGAUUUGGUGCUAAAAUGACUGCCAAAGAAGCAUUACAAAUAUUAAAUUUAAAGGAAACUAAUUUGAGUAAAUUGAAAUUGAAAGAACAACACAGAAAAUUAAUGAUGGCUAAUCAUCCUGAUAAAGGUGGUUCAUCAUAUAUCGCCACCAAAAUUAAUGAAGCUAAAGAUUUGUUAGAAAAAAGAGGUGGUAUGAAACCCAAAUAG